AUGGUUAUUUCCUCUGGUAAUUCUGGCAAGUUAGCUCCAAUCCAAUUCAUGGCCUGCAAAUCUCUCGUUGCACACAGAUUUCAUAACUUAUCCAUUGUCUCUUCCCUUUACAACGCUUCGAAGAUUUCCCGGACGACGUAUCCAAUGUUGUCUACAUUUCGACCAGCAGUAACCCGCUCGAUAUCGGUCGCCGCCGGCAGCUUCUCUUGGGACGACGUUGUGCACAUUUCUUUACCAUCAAGCUUUCAGGACGAUCCUUCAGAUCUGACGGGCUAUUUCGAGAAGGUCAAGCUCUGCAAUCGUGGAUCAGAUACGCAAUCUGAAUUUCUCCCGUUUGUCAUCGACAACCAAAUUGUUGGCUACGUGCACCAUGGUUUCGCUAAACACCUGAAGCAGUAUCCGAAUGUCUUUAUCUUCCCCCGAGAUGAUUGUGGUCAAUUGGGCGCUUACUUAACCUUGCAUGAAUCGUUGAAGACACCUGAAGAUAGGACGCAUGCAGUUGGAGAUGUAGUUAAGUGUUUGGGUGAAGAAGUCAUUCCAGGUACACGGAAUGAGCUAUACCCUGUUACUUCGUCCUUUGGUGCGUCAAGCUUCUUCUCACUCGAACGAGCUGCGGCUCCUUAUUUUGGAAUAAAGGUUUAUGGAGUUCAUAUGAAUGGUUAUGUUGAGAGGGAGGGAGAAAAGUUUUUGUGGGUUGCGAAAAGGAGUCAAACAAAGCCAACUUUUCCUGGAAUGUUGGAUCAUUUAGUGGCUGGAGGGCUGCCUCAGGGCAUCCCUUGUGGGGAGAAUGUGAUGAAGGAAUGUGAGGAGGAAGCAGGCAUACCGAGAUCAAUAUCAAAAGGGGCCAUACCAGUUGGUGCCAUUUCAUAUACAGACAUCAAAGGUUUUAGUUACAAGCGAGAUGUUCAAUUCUGUUACGAUUUAAAGCUUCCUGAAAGCUUUAUACCGGAGAAUCAAGAUGGGGAGGUUGAAGGAUUCAUGUUGUUGCCUGUGACAAAUGUUGCAAAUGUGAUUCGGAGGACACAGUUAUUCAAGCCUAAUUGUACUCUUGUCAUUAUCGAUUUCCUAUUUCGACACGGGUACAUUAAUCCCGAAAGUUCGGGGUACUUGGAGCUACUGCAGAGUUUGAGAAGUGGGACCUGCUUCUGAUAAAACAAUUCGUCCAAUACGUUGAUGAUAGAAAAAUCAGGUUAAUUUGUUUCAAUAUCGAAUCUGGA